GUGUUGUUAUCAGGCCACGACCACUUGACUUGAGUCUUGAGAGGGUGCUGUAACACAAAACUCACACUAGGCUCCCUCGUUGGACCAGCCGAGGUAUUCCUUUUUCUCUUGCGCAGUGACUGAGUCAGAGGGUGAGUCACCGCUGGAACCCAACUCGUCCAUUGGUUUGGUUAACUACCCACCCACAUGGUCUCCGAAUCUGAACUCAUCCUCCGCCUCCGCGAGUUCCUCCGGAGCUCCGACCUCAACACCACCACCACCGCCACCGUCCGCCGCCAGUUGGAGCACGAUUUCGGAAUCGAUUUGUCCGACCGAAAGUCAUUCAUCAGGGAACAGGUCGACCUCUUCCUCCAGACCGAACACAACCAAAACGACGACGACGCCGUCAACCCCUCCGAUUCCAAGGAAGAAACCGAAGAAGACGACAACGCCGAGGACGAAGAGGAAGAUAAACCCAAGCAAGUCAAGAAUGGGAACAAGAAUAAAGCAGGAUCUAACAAGUUAGGUGAUGAAGUAGUAAAGAAAAGAGGUGGUGGUUUUUGCAAAUUAUGUAGCCUGUCUCCACAACUACAAGAAUUCAUUGGAGCUCCAGAAAUGGCCAGGACUGAGGUUGUAAAGAGAUUAUGGGCCUACAUUAGGGAGAAAAAUUUGCAAGAUGCCAACAAUAGACGGAAUAUAAUUUGUGAUGAGCAAUUGCGUGCCAUUUUUAAUGUCAAUUCCAUCAACAUGUUCCAAAUGAAUAAAGCAUUGUCAAAGCAUAUCUGGCCAUUGGAUUCAGAUGAUGUUGUCCAGGUGAAGCCCACACCAAAGGAAAAGCAGAAGAAGCAAGAGAGAGAUGAUGAUUCGGAUGAGCCAAAAAGAAAGGAAAAACGGCAGAAGGGAGGAGGGCAAUCAGGUUUUUGUACUCCUCGUCAACUAUCCGAUGCCCUUGUAAAUUUCCUUGGUACUGGAGAAAGUGAGUUAUCAAGAACUGAUGUCAUAAAAAGAAUGUGGGAUUACAUUAAAGGAAACAACCUUCAGGAUCCUUCUGACAAGAGGAAAAUAAUAUGUGACGAGAAGCUGAAAGAACUCUUUGAUGUCGACUCCUUCAUUGGCUUCACCGUUACAAAAUUGCUCGCUCCUCAUUUUAUAAAGACAGAGCAGUGAGUUGCUUGCACAUGGUUAUUCGGUCAAGCAUGGGAAGGUUGGGGAAUUUUGUUUAUCAAGUUAGUUUUAUAAGGUUUUUUGUAUCCUGUUGGCAGGAACAGGAGGGAUAGAAAUUAGUAAAAUGACAGAUUUUCAGUAAUUUUACUCGAAGAUUUUAAUGUUAUGUGACCUUUUAUUUUGUUUUAUAUUAUCCUGUUUUGCCAUCAGGCAGUUGAAAAUUUUGUAUAUUUGAUUCCUGAUGAUGCAAGCACAAUGUUGACUUCAUAUUCUACUGGAUCAUUUUGCAAAAUAUAGGAGACAAUACUGAUAUUUGUAUGAA